UAGCAAUACUGGUUUUCGAAAUGUCACUGUCAAAACUUAGAAGAAGAAGCACAUCCGCUUUCUUUUUCGGCUGAAUAUUUGUCGCUUAAACAGGGCAAAAUGUCGCUCGUCAUCCCAGAGAAGUUCCAGCACAUUCUUCGUAUCAUGAAUACGAACAUCGAUGGCAAGCGCAAGGUUGGCAUUGCCAUGACCGCCAUUAAGGGUGUUGGUCGUCGCUACUCCAACAUUGUGCUGAAGAAGGCCGAUGUGGAUCUUACCAAGCGCGCUGGUGAAUGCACCGAGGAGGAGGUCGACAAGGUUGUCACCAUCAUCUCGAACCCUCUGCAGUACAAAGUGCCCAACUGGUUCCUUAACAGACAGAAGGAUAUCAUUGAUGGCAAAUACUCGCAACUGACAUCCUCCAACUUGGACUCCAAGCUCCGUGACGAUUUGGAGCGCUUGAAGAAGAUUCGCUCUCACCGCGGUCUGCGUCACUACUGGGGCCUCCGUGUCCGUGGUCAGCACACCAAGACAACUGGUCGCCGUGGUCGUACCGUUGGUGUGUCCAAGAAGAAGUAAGCUAAUUGCUGCACCGUCUUGGUUUUUGUCUCCAGUCGGCUGAAGCUGUUAUUGCUUAUAAUUCUACUAUAACAUCAAUCCAAAACAUAAACAAAUACAUAAAAUCCCAAAAUCUGGAAACAAAAAAUGUUCAUGUGAUCAAGUGUUGCAAUGAAGUGGCGGAAUUAUUUAUUA